AUGCAGACUAAACAAAAUCAUGGUGCGAAUAUAACUAGGGUUCAGACAUUUCAGAAAGCCCAUACUAGGAAGAAUGGUGAGCCAAUCAACUCAACAACUUCUGAAUUUUUGGGGCAAUUAGAUGACAUUAUACGUGAAAACCCAAAUUCUGAAACUAUAAAAAAUAUCGAAGAUGAUGCACUAACAAUAUUGUUCGGUGAACCAAAAUCUGGUCGUCAAAUUGGCCAAGGAAGAGGGAUGUCAAAAUCAAAAUUGACUGUUGUUCAUAUGUAUCAAGACAAGAUUGAAGUACUUGAAAAAGAACAACACAACAUGAAGAAGCAACUUGCUGAAUUGCUCAAACUUUUUAAGGAAAAUGGUGGUAAAGUAUCAACAAGUGAUGGACCAUCUCACAUUAAUCAUUCUCGAAAGGGUGAAAUGGUUGCUGAAGGUCGUUGGUCUUCUAGUGAUCCAAAGACACAUGUUCAUGGGAUUCCUCUUGGACCCGAAUUCAUGCGAGUGUGGGUUGACAUUGCUAUCUCACCGAGUGCUUAUUUGUUUUGUCCUAGCCACUCAAUGAUCACCAUACAAGAAGUUGUUGGCUCUAUUAUUGCAUGGCCUUCGGAGAAGAAAAGGGAGGCCCCAGCAGGUGAGAAGCCAGAACCAGUUAGAACUCACCUCCGUAACAUGAUUAUUGUUCCAGAGAUGAUCGGAAGCAUCAUCAGUGUGUACAACGGCAAGACCUUCAACCAGGUUGAGAUCAAGCCUGAAAUGAUUGGACACUACCUUGCUGAGUUUUCUAUCUCAUACAAGCCUGUCAACCACGGUAGACCAGGUAUUGGUGCUACCCAUUCAUCCAGGUUCAUUCCUCUCAAGUGAAGGCUGCCAGUUUUCAUAUUCAGUAUUUUUGUUUCCAAGACUUCCAUGAAUUUUUGUUUUCUUACAUUUUGUGUUGCUUAAAAGAGUUUGAAUACAAUCUCUUUAGACUGGGGAACGUCGUUUAUAGUUUGAGAUUAUGCUGAUUAUUGAUCUUGGCCAA